AUGCUCAAAGCCGGAAUAAUCACGCCGUUAGUUUCGGCCUGGUCGUUUCCGAUUGUCAUUUUGGCACAGAAAGACGGCAACAGUCGGUUCUCCCGGAUGGCGGAAAACUGUAACGAGAAAACAACUUUCGUCUGUCGUCAUGGAACUUUUCAGUUUGAAGUGAUGCCUUUCGGAUUUAUGAACGCUCACUCCACCUUUCAAAGGAUGACGGAUCAACUAUUUCGUGAGCUUCGAUUUAUCCGUCUGUUGGGUCACAUUGUGAGCGCCCAAGGGAUCGAGGUACACCCAGAGAAGUUCAGGGCUAUCCAACAGCAGCUGGCUCCAACGAAUACUACGAGGCUGCGCAGCUUUCUUGGUCUUGCCGGCCAUUACCGCCGGUUUAUACCCCGAUUGGAGAUAUCAGCAACGCCACAUGCAGCGAUGUCCGUAAAGAGGACCCUUGCAUGGACUCCAGAAAUGCAGAAGGCUUUUGAAGAUGUGAAACGGAAGCUGACCUCACCGCCGGUUCUAGCGUUUCCACACUUCGGGAAGUCUUUUGUCGCGGAAACUGAUGCUUCAUCGGUUUCUGUUGGCGCUGUGAUCACACAGUGCAAGGAAUAUGGCAAAAUUACUGCUGUUCAGUGCGCGAUUCGUGCGAUGAACGAUGCCAAAAAGAAAUACUCGGCUAUUGAGCGUGGAGCUCUAGCCGUUAUAUUUGCGCUGAAGAAGUUUCGGGUGUACAUUUUAUCUACGCAGAAGUGUAUGUUGGGGACCGACCACCAAGCUCUUCGGUACGCUUUCCAGAAGAAGGAUAUUCAUGGUCGCCUCGCUACAUGGAUGGAAUUUCUCGCCGAGUACGAGUUCAAAGUGCAGUACCGUCCGGGCAACAAGAACAAAGCCGUCGAUGCACUGAAUCGUCUUUGCGUUGGAAGAAAUCCGCGAGGAGACCCGGAAUAA